CCAUUUUUCUCUAUCCCCUCUCUUAUUCCUUUAUAAAAUAUAUACAUAGAACGAAAAAAAUUCAAGAUUCUGAAAUGGCAACCAAAGUGUACAUUGUUUACUAUUCCAUGUAUGGGCAUGCUGAGAAGCUGGCACAAGAAAUAUUGAAAGGUGCUGCAUCUGUUGAAGGUAUUGAAGCUAAGCUAUGGCAGGUGCCAGAAAUUCUUUCAGAAGAAAUUCUUGCAAAGAUGAGUGCACCUCUAAAAGGUGAUGCACCAGUGAUUACACCAGAUGAGCUUACUGAGGCUGAUGGCUUUGUAUUUGGAUUUCCAACAAGGUUUGGGAUGAUGCCUGCUCAGUUUAAGGCUUUUCUUGAUGCAACUGGUGGUCUCUGGAAAACUCAAGCACUAGCAGGCAAACCUGCUGGCAUUUUCUAUAGCACUGGUUCUCAAGGAGGCGGCCAAGAAACUACCGCGUUGACAGCAAUUACACAGCUUGUUCAUCAUGGAAUGAUAUUCGUUCCAAUUGGCUACACAUUCGGAGCUGGCAUGUUCGAGAUGGAGAAAAUCAAAGGCGGAAGUCCAUAUGGUGCUGGUACUUUUGCUGGUGAUGGCUCUAAACAGCCUACAGAGCUUGAAUUGGAGCAAGCUUUUCAUCAGGGGAAAUACAUUGCCACCAUCACUAAGAAGCUCAAAGUCUCUGCCUAAAAUCUCAGUUCACCAUUUGCAUUCUAUAGUUUUUUCUUCUUUCUCUUUAGAAACAUGGUUUGGUUUAAAAUUAAGUUGGUACUGAACUAAGUGUGUGAUGUCCUGUUUUUAUCACCGUAUUUAUAGGGAUCAUUUGGUCAGUGUUUGUUACAGGUUCAUUUUACAUGUUUAUGAAUCUUGAAA